CAAGACCAUAAGCCCUGAACCAGAUAAGAAAUUGAAAUAAAAAACCGAAACCAAGAUCGAAGCUUCAGUUCAAAUAAUGCUACUGGCAAACACGCACCAUCUUUAAAGUAUAAAAUGAUUUUUACGGUAGUCUUCCUGCUUUUGAUUUCGACCACUUUGGAAUUCGACGAAGAGUAUUGCUCUGAUUCGAAUGAGUUGGAAGACGAGUGUGGCACUAUCUUCUAUCCAAUUGUCAAACCCUUAUUGACAUAUUUUAAAGUUUGCCAAGAGAAACAAGAACGGAGCUCCCACUGGCAAGAUAAGUAUACAGAAGUUCUAGAAAAAUACUCGGCUUUGCAAAACAAAUAUUCCAACUUGCACGAUAAAUUAGAAGAAAACUGGAGUGAAAAACUUUCGGAAUUGCAAGCAAGUAACCAAAAAAAAGAUCUAGAAAUGGAAAAUCUGAAAGCUCAAAUCAAUCAAUUAAAUAAUCAAAUAAUUAUUCUGCAAAAAUCAAGUGAUCUCGAAAAACUCACAACUCAAGUUAGUAAAGACAUUGAAAAACUUCGAGAAAUAAUUAAAAAUGGUGAAAUUUUCAAAAAUUCGAGAAUCCAAAUCGAAGAUAGCCGUCCAGAACCGUAUACUUUGAAAACUAAGACAAUAAGUUUGCCAGAUCGCUGUCCCAAAUCAACACAAAGUUCUGAACUUCCAAGUAGAGUCCUCCAAGAAAUCCAAAUCCCUGGAUCAGAUCCCUUUAAUGUGACUUGUUAUUCGGGAGAGGAUGAAGGACCCGGAUGGAUGCUGGUCGCACAUAGAUACGGCUUUCCCCAAGGAUUUAAUCGUACUUAUGAAGAAUUUAAAAAUGGUUUUAACCCCAACCUCGAAGAUUCAUUUAUUGGAUUGGAAAGAUUGCAUGUUUUGACCAACAGAAGGCCUCAUCAGAUGAUGUUAAUAGAUCAGAGUGGUCUUACAUCUUAUACUUUGAUAUGCGACAACUUUGUUUUGGGUAACGAAAAAGAAGGCUACAAUCUGAAAAAAGUUGAGGGAUGUAAUGGAGAUACUUUCUUCGUAACUCAGGGAGUAAAAUUUUCAUCAUUUGAUCGGGGUGCUAAUGGGCAUUUUUACCAUAACUGGGCCGCGUAUACGGGCAUUGGCUGGUGGUAUUCUUCUCGAUUUCAAUACACACAUAUUAAUCUUUUCCAAAAUUUUGUCUUAGACAUGUUUAUCCGAAGGAAAGACUAAAUAAAGUGGAGAGCUUUUCCAAACUUUGGAGAAAAAAAUAAUACGAUUGGCAUUAACCUCUUUAGAUUUAAAUUGAAGGCUUAUAUUAUUAAACUUUAUUUUUCUGUCAAAUUAAACUCUAUAAUAAAUAUAUUGAAGUAUUAUCAAGACAUUCCAAACCUUAAAAUACCAUUUUAAAGUAAAUAAAAUGGUAUUUAAGCUAUUUCCCGGUAACAGCGAUUAUCUAGACCCCCCUCUUCAAAUCCAAGCACUUAAUGGUCUCAAUUACCGAACCCCCGAUAAGAGGCAACAGUGCGGAGCACUUGGAACAAUGUGGCCCAGUGUGUCAGUGUCGCCGAAUGGAGGAGACCCACCCAGAGCUCUACUAAUUAGAACAAAUAC